GUGCUUCAGCGGGCUCCAUGUUGAUAGAGGAUCCUUAGGCAGGGAUAGUUGAAGGUGAAGGAACAGCGACUAGCAAGGCAGGAAAAGAGCUGAAGUCACCCCUACCCUCUCUGCCUGAAGUGUGGCAAUUUUGGUGGAAGAUCAGACCGCGGCCUUCGCACAUUCAAUGUUAGGGGGAGGCGAUCAAUGGAGGAGGGGUUGCUUGGUUCACUGGAGCCAUGCUAUACACACAUACAUCAACAGAGCUCAGAACACAGUACGCGUGUACCCCGAACAAGAAUAGCUCGGCCGUCGCAAAGGAAGACAUCGAAGAUACGAUGAUGCGAGGAUCAGCCACCUCGCUGUCAUGCCAUCUUGUCGGUUAUUGGUUGAGUUCCUGAUAUACUUGAUUCGCCUCGGGCUCAAGCGCUCAAGUGGGGCACUAGCGGCGAGAUUCAGUCCUGACUAGCCAGGAAAGGAAUGCAGAGGUGCAGGGGCACCUCUUCCAUCUGCCCACGAUAUUCUCUCCCUACAUUGCUCAACCCAGAUGUCCUGAUGUAAACAUUUCGGGAGACUAAUCGCCUCAGAACCUCGGAAAUACUAACAAUGCCAGCCAGACAUGCAUCCAGAAGAUGCUUGCUUCGAAUUACCCGCUUGUUGAUCCUCGGAUAUACGAGUAUGGGAGAUGGCCCGAAUAUGAGCACUUUCUAGACCAAUCCCACGAUAUCCUGCGGUAAAGCGGGCCUUGAAUUUGCAAGUUUCAGGGAGUGCAUAUUAUGCGGCGCAACAGAAAAGCAAUUAUUUAUUCAACCUGCGAAUUUGAGUCCACUUUGCCUAUG